AUGGAUGAGCGUGGUGUGACACUUCGAGGACAGUUUAUUGCCGUUGGAUUGCUUGCUGACUCGGUGCACGAUGGCCAGAACGUAUGCAUCCAGUGGGAUCUCGACAAUGAAGUAUCAUUCGCACUCAUCAGGCAACCUGAUCCGGAGCAGACAUCGCACGAAGUUUGGCUUUAUAACAGGUGGGCCAGGAAUCAGAACUGA